AUGAUGAAAGGAUUUAAACAAAGAUUCAGGUCCAAAGCUGGAUCUUCCAAGGGAGAAAAAAAGAAGGACAAGAAGGAAGAUAACAAUAAGAAGCCGGAAAAACAAAAGUCCUCAAGUUCGUUGUCAAGUUCCACGUCUUCCAGUAUAGGAGCAAUACCAGUGAAAAAGUCACAAUCCGGAUCUUCAGAACAGUCAUCGAUACACUCAGCAUUAGACAAUUCUUUAGCAGGUUCUCCAUCUUCAACAUCAUCCAGCAAGUCUGUCCUGCAAUCUCAAGCCCCGCAGAUACAAACCCCAACGCCUGUCACAGCCUCUGGAUCGACUAGAGGCGACGAUAUCGUGUCUCCGGACCUAGAAAUAUCCAAAUUGCAUACCUCUCACCAUUCUCUGGCCUUUGACAAAAUUCCGAAAGAUGACAUCGGUUUAAAACCUAAGACUCCUCAAAGACAUUCCUCUUCAAGAUUUGAGCCAACCAAUGAUCAACGACCUUUUGAAAAAUUGGCAAGUUUCGAUGAAGUUGAUCCAGAGUACCAUGUUGAACUCUUCAUUCAGAAAGUCGACCAGUGUAAGAUCAUGUUUGACUUUUACGAUCCUUCCUCCGAUAUACAAGGCAAAGAAUUGAAAAGAGUUACCUUACACGAGUUAACAUCCUUCAUAAGUACCACGAGAAUGACAUUCACCCCAGAGAUGUACGAACAUGUUGUCGAAAUGUUCAAGGUCAACAUUUUUAGGCCUAUUCCUCCCCCAGUGAAUCCAGUCGGAGAGAUAUACGACCCCGACGAAGACGAACCUGUUUAUGAACUUGCCUGGCCUCAUAUGCAGAUGGUGUAUGAGUUCUUCCUUAGGUUUGUGGAAAGUCCAGAUUUCAACAACUCAGUUGCCAAGCCUUACAUUGAUCACAAGUUUGUGCUAACGUUGCUUGAGUUGUUUGAUAGCGAGGACAAUAGAGAAAGAGACUGCCUUAAGACUACCUUACACAGAAUUUAUGGAAAGUUUUUGAGCCUUAGAUCAUUCAUCAGAAAGUCUAUAAGCAACAUAUUUCUCAACUUUGUCUACGAGACAGGCAGGUUCAACGGAAUAUCUGAGCUGCUGGAGAUUUUAGGCUCCAUCAUCAACGGUUUUGCUCUUCCAUUGAAAGAAGAGCAUAAAGUUUUUUUGAUUAGAGUAUUGAUUCCUUUGCAUAAGCCCAGAUGCUUGUCUCUAUACCAUCCCCAGCUGGCUUAUUGUAUUUUGCAGUUUCUGGAAAAGGACUUUAGCCUGACAGAGGAAGUGAUCAUGGGAUUGUUGCGCUACUGGCCGAAGAUCAAUUCGCCUAAGGAGUUGAUGUUUCUGAACGAAAUCGAAGACAUUUUUGAAAUAAUUGACUCUCAGGAAUUCCAGAGGAUUGAAAUCCCUCUGUUCGCUCAACUAGCAAAAUGCAUAUCAUCGCCUCAUUUCCAGGUCAGCGAAAAAGUGCUCUGUUACUUCAAUAACGAGUACUUUGUCUCGCUUGUCACAGAAAAUGCAGAGAAUAUUCUGCCUAUCAUUUUCCCUGCCCUAUUUGAUCUAGCCCAGCCAGAACUGGAUGCAAUUGAGCAACAGCAACAACAACCCUCUAUGGACUUCAAUUAUGACGAACCCAAUAAUUGGAAUCGUACGAUCUCAUCCCUUGCCUACAAUGCCCUAAAGAUUUUCAUGGAUACUAACCCGAUCGUUUAUGAUAGAUGUUGUAUAUUAUAUGAAGAGCAAACCAAGGAAGAGAAAAACCAGAAGGAUUUGAGGCAACAGCAUUGGAAGAAGUUGGAAACCUAUGUGGAGAAAUUGAAGCUAGGGGAGGACGAAGAACUGAAGAGUGUUCAAAUAAAAUGA